ACACCCCCAUAAAGCGGUGGUAUCGUCCACUCCCCGGAAACACCGGCGACAGUCUAAACCCCGGUGAAGCCGAUGUCGAACUGAUUUGUCAGGCAGCCGCUAACUGUAAAAAGUUGUUUGGCAGACAUCUGCACAGUAUCAGAAACACUGGACAAGCUUAAUCUCUUAGAUUUGAAUGGACAGGGCAGCCAGAAGUACACAGCCCAGCUAGUGAAGCCCACUAAAGGUUCAGUGAUGCCUGUGGUGAAGAAGAAGAGGAAGCUCCCUAAUGCAGAUGAUAAUGAGCACAAGUGUAAAAUCACAAGUUUCACCAGAACUCAGAUACGUGGGGCCAGGCCGAUCUCUGAGAAGCUGUUCUCCAAUAAGAAGUGCCUGGCCUGGUUCCACGAGUAUGCCGGCCCCGACAAAGUGGUUGGUCCAGAGGCCAUGGAGAAGUUCUGUGAAGACAUUGGUGUGGAACCAGAGAAUAUUAUCAUGUUAGUUAUAGCCUGGCAUCUAGAAGCAGCAAAUAUGGGAUUCUUCACAAAAGACGAGUGGCUCAGGGGAAUGACGUUAUUACAGUGUGACUGCACAGAGAGGUUACAGAGCAAACUGGAUUACCUGCGCAAUCAGCUCAAUGACUCUGUGGUCUUCAAAAACAUCUACAGAUAUGCCUUCGACUUCUCCAGAGAUAAGGACCAGAGGAGUUUGGACAUGGACACGGCUAAAUCCAUGCUGGCCCUGCUGCUUGGGAGAACUUGGCCUCUCUUUCCCGUCUUCCAACAGUUCCUGGAGCAGUCAAAGUACAAGGGGAUGAACAAGGACCAGUGGUAUAACGUCCUGGAGUUCAGCAGGACCAUCAACACAGACCUCAGUAACUACGAUGAAGACGGAGCUUGGCCAGUGCUGCUAGACGAGUUUGUGGAAUGGCAGAAAACUUGGUCAGCAUCGUAGCAGACGACAUCACAACACCAAAAAGGAGAAGGAGGGAGAGAAAAGUGAAGCCACAGACACAGGAGGAAUCUCUUUAUCGUUUCAUGAAAAGGAAAAAACUGCAGUUUCACAUCCAACCGACUCAAUAAUAAACUACAGAAUCAUCCUUGCGGACUCUUUGAACACCCACAUCCCUUCAGAGAUUGUCUCUGUACAUCAUCAGCCAACUGUGGUCAGGAGGCCUUUCUCUCACCGAGUCGAGUUUUUAUUGUGUUAAUUUGGAGAAAAUGAUUUGGAGGAAGAGUUCUUAAAAUAAGAAAACAAACAAAAAAAAAAGAACUGAGAGAAGAGCUGUGGAAUUUAUGUUUUCUUGAUAAUAAUUUUUUCCCAUUUUGUGUCUUGUUUGUAGAUGUUUUCACAGUAAUAAAAAGGAAAUAAAAGUA